AAACAGAGGCACGCACGCAGCCAUGUCACCGUACAUCAGUCUGCUGCUGCUGCUGCUGCUGGCGCUCUUCGGGAGCUCGCAGGCCGGCUGCCCAGACACGCCAGCCGAGCCCGGACCGUGCAGCUGCGUGGACGCGAGCGGAUUUGAAGCCAUCUACAUCAUAUGCUCGUCCGGCACGCUGCAGGAGGUCAUGGCCGCCGUGCGUGACGUCAACAUGGAAAUCUUCGAGCUGCAGAUCACCGGCGUCGAGAUGGCAACGCUGCCGCACGACGCCUUCGCCGGCGUCAGCAUCCGCCGCAUGUCGUUGCCGGGCAACAAGAUUCGGCGCAUCACGGCGCAUGCGUUCCGAGGACUCGAGGACAGCCUGGAGUUUCUCAGUCUUUACGACAACGAGCUGACCAGUAUGCCGACGAAGGCGCUGGCUAGCCUGCACAGCCUGUGUGGACUGGACGUUGGCCGUAACCGACUGGACUUCAGCAACCCGGCUCUUUUCAACGGCCUCAACACGCUCGAGUUUGUCAGUCUGCGCGACAGCUACCUGACGGCCGUGCCUGCCGACGCGCUCGCCAGCCUCGUGGGGCUCAAUGACCUUGACCUCGGCAUGAACUCGAUCACGGACGUUGACGUGGAGUCGUUCGGCGCGCUGCGGCAGCAGCUGCUCACGCUAAGGCUCUACGGAAACAGGUGGGUAUUAAAAUUUACGAAAUAUAUUACACAGAGAGUAAAACUGAGAGAAUACUUUACAACAAAGUAG